AUGGCGCAACCUUCAGCACGCCUCAAGGAAACUUCAUCGUCGAAUGCUUCGUCGACCGCUUCAACAAUGACAUUGGCGUUGCACCAAAUAACCCUGCAACCUUCGAGCAAUGAUGUCUCUUAUCUGCCCAACGGUCCAUGUUAUCUGAAGAAUGGUCUUGGUGCACCCAACUCCAACAGCAACGUCUGGGGUGCUAGGAUUGCAUCUGUACCUGUGUCUUCAUCCCCAGUGGCAUCCACAUCUUCCGCAAGCUCCUCCUCUUCUGCUUUCGCUACUACCACAGUCGUUAGUACCACGGUAGUUACUGCUGCCUCCUCUUCCAGCUCUGCUGCCAGCCCCGCCGCUAGCGCUUCAUGCCCUGGCUCCAAUGGCUCAACUAUCACUGCCAAUGGUAAGCAGUACCUUGUCGAGUGUGGUUCUGACUACACGGGCGGAGAUAUCCCAGGUCCAAUGAGCCCAACCUACCCAGGCUCCUACGAGGGUUGUUUGGCAGACUGUUCUUCCACUUCGGGCUGUGUCGCUGUCAGCUACGUCAUAGGUGGCCCUUGCUAUCUGAAGAACGCGGUCAACGGUGCGAGGAGCAACUCCAACAUCAUCGGUGGACGAUUGGUUAGCACUAUCUCAAGUUCGGCGGCACCCAAUUCUUCAGCAGCACCCACUUCGUCCUCUGCGGCUGCUUCGUCCUCUGUGGCUGCUUCGUCCUCUGUGGCUGCUUCGUCCUCUGUGGCUGCUUCGUCCUCUGUGGCUGCUUCGUCCUCUGUGGCUGCUUCGUCCUCUAUGGUUGCUUCAUCGUCUGUUGCUACCUCCUCUCCCAUUACCUCAUCCUCUUCAGUGGCCGCCACAAGUUCUGCACCAAUCACUUCGGCUGCCCCUGCUCCUGGACCCUCGACCGUUACUGUUACCACGACUAUCUCGAACACGGCGUACCAAUGCUCAUGCACGCCUACCAGUGUCUUCAGUGUCUCAUCGAGCGCCCCUGCUCCUAGCUCAACAGGUGCUGUCACUUGCCCGGGCUCUAAUGGUUCAACUUUCGUGACUUCAUGUGGCGCACAAUACGCCGUCGAGUGCGCCGCCGAUCGUUACGGCAAUGAUCUUCCGAACGGCCUCGUCUACACUGACACAUACGAGCAGUGUCUCCAGGCCUGCGACAGCACCACUGGGUGCGUUAAUGUUUCCUGGGUCAUAGGUAACCCAGGUGCUUGCUACAUGAAGGGCAGCAUUGGCGCCAUUCGGAACAACUCAAACAUUAUCGGAGGUCGCAAGCUCUCUGGAUGUGUCGCUCUCAAGCUUCACCGCAAGCGCGUUGCGGUUGCUGCCCCCAAGCAGAAGCUUGCGAAGCGUGCUGGUUUCUACGGUCCUGACUUCACAUUUACUCAGGAUCGCGUCGUUGCGACUGCGACCGGAACUGUCAGGACCACCGUCACUACCACAUCCACACCCAUCUCUGGUACUGCCACUCAGACUGCUUUCACCGUUGCCUCUGCCACCGUGACCACCACCACAAGCGUGCCAACCACCGUUUACAACAUCAUCACCGUCACUACAUGCCCAACUGCCUCUCCUACCGUCUGA